AUGCAGCAAGAGAAGAAGGAACGGGGUCCCUCUCCAUUCUCUUCUUCGCCUGAGGCCGCUAUUUCCUUUUAUUUUCAACAAAAAGAUGAUGAACUCCUUUGUGCCUUUGGUCCGGACUUUUUCGACGGCGCUCGCAAAGGUGCUGCUGGUGGUGGUCUCUUUACCGCGUGGCUCACACGACGUACCUUUAUUGAUAUCAAGGAAGAUUAUAGAGAGUAUGAAGUGACACUUCCACAACAUAUGAGAGAUAAGUGUUGGACACUCACGCGAGGAUUUCGCACACGUCCUUUUUUUACGCUUGGUUGUGUCUCACUAGCACUGACUACAUUAAUGAAAUCUAUCAAGUUUUCUCUGGCUAAUUAUCGUUAUCAGGAAUUUGUUGAGGAUGAUAUUGGAUUUGAAUUAUUACAAAAAAUGUACUCUAAUACCCCUGGAGGUGAUGAAGAUUUUAAGAAAUUUUUAAAUGAAUCAUUAAAAAAUCAAAACUCACCAGUAACAUCUAUUAUUAAUGAUGUUGCUAAUACCCCUAGUGUGGUUACUACUUCUACUUCUGCUUCUGGUGUUCUUAAUAGUAAAAAAACAACCCUUACAGAUGCACUUAUAGAAGAUGCUACAAUCUCGCGUGAACAAAAACCACCUUCUUUUUGGGAUGGUGUGGCAGUUGGCCUUAUGGGUUCUGUCAUGGAUUGUUAUUUGCCGUCAAAACCCAUUUACAGUUACUAUGGUAUGCGAUGUGGAAUGAGGAUCUGA